UUUAAGAAAAAGUUUCAUCAGCUGUAUUUGUGCAGUUGACGUAAAGAAGGAAAACUUUCCACAAUAUUGUUAUUAUUUUGUUCAGUUUUUAUCUUUGGUAUAAAAACGCCGUUAGUGUACGAUUGCCAUCAGAAGCACGCAGCUAUUAGACAAAAACGUUUGGCAACUCACAAAUAUAAAUUAUUCAUCAAAAUGAGAAAACACUUAGCAAUCGCCUUAUUUUGUUUAAUUGUCAUUUGCUGUCAGGGGGCCACUUUGUGUCGUCUAAUAUCUAAAUUUACUGAUCCGCUUGAGGAGGUGGACAGCGAUGCGCCUAGCAAUCUAGUUCCCGUUAAUUCCAUUCCAGCUGUGGCCAAGCAGGAUGAUAUCAAUCCUAGUCCCGUUCAGAUAGUUUUAAAACCUAUUCCCGAAGAGACUAACAUUUUCCAUAAACUCAUUUGUAAUUUUGCUCAACUUUUUUCACCAUUCAUACGAAUGGGUUGUGCAAAAGUUGAUGUCGUAGUUGCGUCAACUACACCCGCAUUGGAGCCAACUAGCACGACUGCUUCGUAUUCAACUGACGACGAAAGUUCUACUGCCACUUAUUCAGAGGCACCAUUUGGCUCGAGCUCUGAGGCCUCCGCUACGAACGCUUCGGAAAUUCCAAUUGAGUAACUUUCAGGCGAUCUGUUGUUUGAAUUUCAUAUUAGAUUCAUAUUAUAUUUCGAGUAUUAUACAUUUUAA